CUCAGUGCGCCUGUCACUGCGGGGAGCGUCACUUCUCCUGUGCCUCUUUCGCUUUGGGUGAAAAAUGGAGAAACAUUAUGCGGACUCGCAAACAAAAGGAGUUAGCACAGGGACCACCAUCCUGGCAGUGACAUUUGAUGGAGGCGUUAUCAUUGGUUCAGAUUCAAGAGCUUCCAUUGGAGGGGAGUAUGUAUCAUCUAAGACCAUCAACAAGCUGAUUCAACUUCACGACCAGAUCUUCUGCUGCAUUGCUGGUUCAUUAGCAGAUGCUCAGGCGAUCACCAAGGCUGCAAAGUUCCACCUGUCCUUCCACAGCGUCCAGAUGGAGAACCCUCCACUGGUGAUGGCGGCGGCGUCCGUCCUGAAGGAACUGUGCUACAAAAACAAGGAGGAGCUUCAGGCUGGCUUCAUCACAGCGGGCUGGGACAGGAAGAAGGGACCACAGGUGUAUGUCGUGUCUCUAGGUGGGAUGUUAAUCAGUCAGCCCUUUACCAUUGCUGGGUCAGGCAGCACGUUUAUCUACGGUUACACUGAUGCCAAGUACAAACCCAACAUGACCAGAGAGGAGUGCCAACAGUUUGCCAUCAAUGCUCUCACCCUGGCAAUGGGCAGAGACAACGUCAGCGGGGGCGUGGUUCAUCUGGUGGUGAUCACAGAAAAAGGGGUGGAGCAUGUGGUCGUCCCUGGAGACAAGCUGCCCAAGUUUCAUGAUGAAUGACUUCCUUCAAAGUAGCCAAUCAAGUUUUGAUAUCUUGGAAAUAUUCUCCCUGUUGGGUCUGUGUAGGAUUUAAAAUGAACCUGGGGUAGCGUACAAGGCCUGCUUUGAUGAACAUUAACGAAAAACAGUUAGGAGUCAUGUCCAAAUGAUUUUUUCAUACAGGCAGUGGCCAUUUUAAUUGUCUAGUCUGUGUAAACUAUGUUUACACAGACUAGUGUAAACUAUGUUUACACAGACUAUACCAUAGAGCAGACUAUGCCAUAUUAUUUUCAUGCUCAUCCAUUUGUUAAUAUUCUCAAGCAACCAUCGCCCUGCAGUCUGUGUUAGGGUUUGCAGCCCAGGACUUCUGUCACACACUAAAUUAAGAAUCAUCAUUUCCAUUAUGAGAUGAGAUUGGGUUCACCAUGUGUUUCCAUAUCCAAAUUGUACUGAUUUUUGAAUGUUUCAUGUACACAUUAAAAUGA